GUUCCAGGCAUGAUAGAUUUUCAAGCUUUGGAAAAAGAGCUGCAAGAAGCUGUGACUGCUGAUGAGAAGUACCAGAGAGAAAAUGAUGCCAAGUUCCGAGCAGUGCGCCAGAAAGUGGCAUCUUAUGAAGAAUUCAGGGAUAUUGUUUUAGCUUCACACUUGAAGCCUCUGGAGAAAAAAGACAACAUUGGAAAUAAAACAAAGGUAUUGUGGAACUGCUGUGCAAGUAAAGCAAGCUACACACAGGAAAGCAGAGUGGAGCUGCCCCAGGAGUUGCAGCAACUUCCAGAGACUUCAUCAGAGUUCUACAGAGAUUGGCGCAGAUGCAUGAAAAGCAGCCAAGAACAGUACCGGUUCCUUCUUCAACUUGGGCCUCAGAAACUCGGCCAGAUCUUCCAAGCAGAUGUUGCUUUUGGCCUCCUCGGGGAGUUCCUAACAGUGCUCAGUGAAAACAUUAGUGUCGAAGACCGGGACUGUGUCUUGGAAAUCUUAGAGAGUCUUUCAGGCACCAAACGCUUUGGACUGAACGCAGAGCUUCUGAGCAGGCAAGAGAAGGAGAGUUGCAGGAAUUUGUUUGAGAAACUACAAAGGAUGGAGGCAGACCUUACGUGUUUGUCCGAAUUUGUACAUGAAGAAAGUACCACGGUUACCCAAGCUAGCUGCCAGAGCGAGGGGUCAGCUGAAAGAAAACUGAUGGAACUGAUGCAACUUUACCGAGUCCCCUGAAUGAGUCUGAGCUUGUUGCAUCAACCGCCCCACCCACACAAGGAAGUUGUGUGCGGCUUGGGGAGGAUAGGAAUACCCACCACAGACAUCUCUUUCCAAGCCUCAUUGAAACAAAUGGGAGAAGUACACUUCCUUGCAAGCUUUCUUGUGCAUGUGCUGUUUGUUCCCAUGAGGCUUGUGUGGGCCAUGGGCCCAUUUCUGAUCUGGUGCUUGCUUCUUGUCUCUGCUUGGGUGAAUUCUGCCACCUCCACCCAGGCAGAUAGUCCACUUCAUAUGGUGAGCAACUGAUUUAAGGCUUAUCUGCUUUUGAGGUCGGUUCUGCUACUAUGAUUUUCGCAUUUGUCAUGUCCUAUGUCUUUCUCUCUCUCUCUCUCUCUGUUCUGUCUUGAACUCAAAAGGGUGUGCCCCUAACCAGUCUGCAGUUCCAAACCUCAUUGGACACAAUCACAUUCCAAGCAAUAAUAAAGGUGUGAGCAGAUGCAAAGA